AUGAAUGUAGAGUUGAAAGAUAAUCUACCCCAGGGUGGUACCGGCGAUACCGGAGAAUCCACCCCCGGGCCUUGCCCGGGCAGCCCCAACGUAUCUGGGGGGGGCACUGCUCUACUUCACGGCAAUGCAGUUGUGCCGGCCGCGGGUCCAUUCAGUGACCAAAUAGCGAUGCUGUGGAAAGGUAAAGUACCAACACGGAAUAGACGAGGGCGAAACGUUCGCCCUUACACGACGACAGGAAGUCGGGUAGUUGAGAGUGAAAGUGAGGCAUCAGACGCCUCAUUCAUGUCAACCGCCACGGCAACAACCGAUAAAGCGAAAAAGAUUUCUAAGCCAGCACGGGGAAAAAGACGUCUGUCCAAGACAGUUUGUUCAACCGACAGCGAGACACCUACCGCUCAACCGGCUAAGGUGCAGGCAACCAACGCGAACGAGAUGAGACAACAGUUUCUUUUACCAAAACCUAUGGAGGGAGAUAAAACAGCCGAGGAAGACAUGGAAGACACGGCGCGAGAGGCUGCAGAAAGACGCGCAGCCAUCAACGUGGCUCCCGGUGUACCGUGUGAUGAUCGCACUGCUGCGGCGUUAAGCGAUCAGGUACUUACCGACAUCGGGGUAAUCAUGCAGGUGGCUAAUAAGUCAAAAAAUCUAAAAGGGACAUUUGUACGGGCACUAAAAGACGCAGCUAUGUCCAUCAAAAUUGCAGUUGACACCCUACAUCUCAGAACAUCAAGUGAAGAAACAGUCAAGCUACAAGAAGAAAACACUCGUUUGCAGGGUGUAAUCCAAGAUCUUAAGAAAGAUAUGGCGGAUUUGCGUAAAGAGGUGGAGCAUAUAAACAGAAGGUCGACUCCUACACCUAUUAAUGACACUGAUACGUCCCAGGGAGUAGCCAGCGUCGUUUUGCGCCAGGUCGGGAGGAUGAUAGAUGCGAGGUUCGAAGCAUUGGAGGAGAGACUCCUGCCAGCGAGGCGCACUCGUCCUCCCUUAGCUUCUGAUAAGCGCAGUGAGUCAGGGUUGGGGACGGCUGAUGGCAGCAACCCGCAAGAAGAAAACUUAAAACGAACUAGUUCCCAACACGUCGAGCCCGAAAAAGUCAGUGAAAGUUGGGCCACUGUGGUGAGACGUAAAAGCCGAAACAAAAAGAAUAAAAACAAUGUAGGACUCCAAACCUUAUCUGCGGGUAACAGUGGUUUAAGAUCAGCGGAGAAUAGUCGUUAUCGGCAACCUAGACUUCGUACACCUAAAUCCGCGGCUGUAGUAAUUUCUCUCCAGCCCGGAGCUGAAGACCGAGGCAUCACUUAUGCUCAGGUGCUGGCAGAGGCUAAGCAAAAAGUUGAUCUUGCAAGUCUCGUAAUCACAGCGAUGCGAUAUCGCCAGGCUGCAACUGGAGCUCGUAUCCUAGAGAUCCCAGGGGAAGGAAGUGGUGAGAAAGCAGACUCUUUAGCCGAAAAGCUUAGAGCAUCUCUACCUAUCGACGUUGCUAAGGUGACAAGGCCAAUAAAGUGCGCUGACAUGCGUAUUACUGGCCUGGAUGAUUCGGUGACUGUUCAGGAAGUAAUAGACGCAGUUACCGAGCAAGGAAUUUGUCCUAAAGAAACAGUGAAGGCUGGCGAAAUUCGUCGAUCAACGUUUGGUACUGGGAUUUUGUGGGUGCGCUGCCCGGUUGCGGCAGCUAAGAAAAUCGGUAGUGAGGGGAGGUUGUUGGUGGGCUGGAUUUCCGCGAAAGCUCAAUUACUACAACCCAGGCCAACUCGAUGUUACAGAUGUCUACACAAUGGGCAUGUGCGCGCGCAAUGUACCACUGAGGUGGAUCGUAGUAAUCUAUGUUACAGAUGUGGUCAACCCGGCCACAAAGCGGUAACAUGCUUGAGGGAUCCAAAUUGCCCACUUUGCUCUGCAGUGAAUAGGCCUGCCGAUCAUAUUUUGGGCAGUAAGCAGUGCUCUCCGCCUAAGCCAAAGAGUGGGAAAAGCGUAACUGCUAAUCCACCGAAUGAAAGACCUACACCGAUGGAAUCGAUGAUAAUCAAUUGA